GACCCCACUCUCCAUUUGAAUCCAGGAGCUCGUGUACUUUCGUUCCAUGCAGCCGCUGAUUCUACCUUCAGAAGUCAACCAGUCGCGCGUUCUAGCAUAACCGGUGUGCCACAGAAAAUCAUAUUGCACUUUAAAACGUAUUAUUUAUUCUUGAUUAAUUUCCCGCGAAGUGUCAGAUGCUGCUGCUAUCCAAUUAGCUGAGGAACCGAAUAACAAUUAAGUCAGUACCCCCAUCAGACAUUUAGAAAUGUUUGUUUAUAUUCAAUGCAUAUCUCUUUUUUCAGUCCUUGUGCGACUGUCUGGGGCGGUAUUUUUGCCGUCGCGAAUGCUGGAGGAUCUUUCCCGACGGGCCAACGAUACAGUGGAUAAAUACGAUAGAACAGAGGCCGCUAUAUCUAUGUCUAGAACAAAGUUAAAGCACGGCUCACCUUCGUGGUACCUCGGGGCAUCACACGAUAUGUCUGAAGCAGCUCAUAAUUUAUCGAGACACGCACUCAGAAGUGAGACAAUGGCAAUUAUACUCGUUGAGGCAUUGCACAUGUCCCCCAGGGAUGCUGUAUCACUGCUACCAGCGAUGUCCUUGACCCCCAGCAUAUGUCAUGACACGGGGAAUGUGAUGGUCAGGAGUGCCAGUGACUGCAGAGCCCACAUGACAUACAGAACACACUCGGGAAGAUGUAAUAAUCCCUCGCAUCCUAAUUGGGGUGCGGCCUUGGAGGCAUACAGCAGAAUCCUCCCCCCUGAGUACCAGGAUGGGGUGUCCUUGCCGAAAACGAUGGCACCAAGUGCUCGACAAGUGUCAACUGCUGUUCACUCGGGUGGUCAUGACUCCAGACAUCCUUUCCUCAUGGCUAUGACAGCACUUUUUGGACAGUUUGUUGCACACGACUUGGCUCACACCCCUAAAAUGAAAUUGAAUGGGGGUGAGAGGCUGAAAUGCUGCGAUGUCGAUUUUCAGUAUUUUCAUCCUGAGUGUUUUCCCAUCAGGGCUGAUGCACCCGUUGGGUGUAUGGAGUAUGCGAGGUCCGCUGUACAUCCGGGAAAUGUCCAGGGAUGUAAACUAGGUCCCAGACAGCAGUUGAACCAGGCAACAUCCUUCCUGGAUUUGUCUCCAAUCUACGGCAGCUCGGAGGAGACAGCAAGUAGUCUACGCUCCGGUAAGGGCGGACUCCUCAACACUCAGCGAAAAAACCUGCCGAUGGCGUCGCAGAACUCUGAAAACUGCAGGAGCGACAACAAAGCUCUGCCCUGCUUCUACAGUGGUGAUUCUCGGAUCAAUGAACACCCUGGAAUAGCUCUCAUGCACAUAUUGUUCCUGAGGGAGCACAACAGAGUCGCUGAACAAUUAUCAAAAUUAAAUCCUCACUGGGACGACGAGAAAAUUUAUCAGGAGACGAGGAGAAUUGUUAUCGGUGAGAUGCAGCACAUCACUUAUAAUGAAUUUCUACCGGCAAUUCUGGGCGAAAGCAAUCUCGAGAGGUUCAAUUUACGACCGAUGAAAUUGGGUUACUUCACGAAAUACGAUUCGAGAAUCGAUCCCACUGUUGGCAAUGCCCCGGCGUCUGCUGGGCUAUUCUUUAUUGCCGCCCUCACACCUAAAACACUCGACCUGGUUGACUCGAGUACGGCUGCCAAGUCGGGUGAAAGAUCACUGUAUUCGGCUUUCUAUGCUCCCCAAGAGCUGUACGAGGCUGGGGCCAUCGAUCGACUCAUUGCUGGAGCCACUGCCGGGCACUCCAGAAAGCCCUAUCCCCCGAGCCUAAACGAAAUAUUCCUCGAGCGAUACUUCCACGACGGAAAGACCGCCGAUACCGCCGUUGAUUACGUCGCCCAAGUGAUUCAAGAAGGCAGAGAUCAUGGCCUGGCCUCCUACACUGGCUGGAGGGCAUUCUGCCAACUGCCCGAGGUGAAGACCUUCAGAGAUCUCGGGGGCACCAUGUCAAAGGAAACAAUCGACAGAUUACAACGUGUCUACAGAAAUGUGGAGGAUAUCGACCUUGUGACCGGUGCCCUGUCGGAGGUUGCAGUUCAGGACGCUGUGAUGGGACCGACCUUUUUAUGUUUACUGGGACACACUUUCAGAAAUGCUCGUCUCGGUGACAGAUAUUGGUAUGAAAAUGGAAAGACACCGGGGGCUUUUGAUGUGAAACAACUCGGGGAAAUACGGAGGAGCAGUAUGGCGAAAAUCCUGUGCGAUAAUGGGGACCGACUGAAGAAGGUUCAGCCCAGGGCUUUUCUCCUUAAGGACCCAUUUUUGAACGAAAUGACCGACUGCACAAUGUACCAAAGUAGAGGUAUGAACCUGUCCGCGUGGAAAGAGUCUCACAAUUAGAAAUGAAAAGAGAUAAUUGUACCCUAUAAACCUGAGAGAAUAAAAAAAAAAAGGCGGAAACAUCUUAUUUGCGGACUUUUUCGCGUUCGCGUGCGUUUUACGCACCAACGUAACACCAGAGCUGACCUGGACCCAUGGAAUGCCACGAAAAACCUCCGCAUCAAGUUAUCUAGUGCGCAAAACAGUGAUAUUUGACGAAAAAAAACAUUGCAUUCACUGCUGGGAACGAUAAUCCAAUGCAGAGCGUUAAAUACAAUUUGUUAAAUAAGUGUAAUUGUAACUUUCUACAAUGGACGAGUGGGGGUGGGUUGGAGGGGAUCAACGAGAGAAUUAACAUCAGAAGGGAACUGACCUUUUGAACCUCGAGUUGGCUGCGUAACAGUCGUUACCAUUUGCGAGGAGCUAAUGGGUAUCGAGAGUCAUGUGAUGCCGGGAGGCACCUCGAGGAGCCUCUCCACAGCAAUUUAUUGUUAUGAAACAAACACGUACUCAUCGUUAACACAAUCGCGACCUCAAACUGGAUUAAAUUAUAUCGAGUUAUUUAAAUUGUUGGAUGAGUGGGUGGAGAUGACCAGGAGUGGAAAUAUUUGCCAUUCGAUGUGACGUUUGCUUGUAAUUCUAUAGAAAUAAAAAUAAAAUGUUUAAAAAAUU